GUGAACUUCGAGGAUACGGCAGAUGCUCAGCGCUGUGUCGCUGAAAUGCACAUGAUGGACCUGCGGUCAGACGACGAGAAGCAAGCCAAUCCUGAUGAGGAGAUCGGCCCGGACGGCCACCCAGUCGGUCGCUUGUACGUGCAGCGAGCACAAACCAAGAAAGAGCGACAGGCCGAGCUCCGCAACAAGUUCAGUGAAACCAAGAGCUCCAGCAGCUCCGGCGUUAAUCUCUACGUCAAGAACCUCGAGCCAGAUGUGGACGAUGAUUCAUUGAGGCAGCUUUUCGAGCCUUUCGGACAGGUGACCUCUGCCUCGGCAAUGAAGGAUGCCUCUGGCAAGUGUAAAGGCUUUGGCUUCGUAUGCUUUGCUACACCUGAUGACGCCACGAAAGCCGUGACCGAGAUGCACCUGAAGGUAGUGAAAGGCAAGCCGCUUUACGUUGGGCUUGCUGAGCGAAAAGAGGCUCGACAAGAGCGGCUUCGACAAAGAUAUGUGGGAGCGCCUGGCACGAGCUACAAGGGUGGAGGUGGAAAGGGCGGCUAUGGCGGCUAUGGCAAAGGCUUCAAAGGAAAAGGCGGCAAGGCCGGUGAUGGCAUGGGCAUUCCGACAAACAUGGAGGCUUACAGCUCCCAGGGCAUGAUGAUGAACAUGGGUGGCAUGGGCGCCAUGGGUGGCAUGGGCGGCAUGGGCAUGCCCGGAAUGGGUGGCAUGAUGAGGCCUCCGAUGAUGGGAAUGAUGCAGCCUCCCAUGCAGGCAAUGAACAAUGCCAUGCCGAAGUUUGGCAAAGGUGGAUUCGAUGGAGGCGGAGGCGGCGGCAUGAUGCCGAAUCAGAUGGCAAUGAAAGGAAUGCCACCAAGCGGGAAGGGAACGGGCAUGGGACCCAUGCCAAUGAAUGCAAUGGGACCGAUGGGUGGUGGCAUGAUGCGGCCGCCGCAGCCGUGUGGAAUGCA